CGCCGAUUCCAGGAUCCAUUUAAAUAAAGAGCAGCGGCGGCGGCGGCAGCGGCACUAAUCGGGGCUGACCUGACCUGAUCUACCGGCGUGGUUCGGCGGGUAUCUCCCCUCGCCCGAGGCGGGUACACGGUGCCCUCCCGAGGCCGCUGAAGGGAGCCCGGCCGGACGGGGCCUGCCCGGGGUUUGAUCCCGGCCCGGACCGGACCGGCUGUCUCCGGGCCCGGGGGAGAGGUGGAGGCGCCGGCGGUUAGGCAAUGACGACCGGCUUCGGCUUCGGCACCGCUGCGGCCGCCCCCGGCGGCGGCUUCGCCCUCGGAGCCACCAGCAACCCUAGUGGUACUGGAGGGUUUGCCUUUGGCAAUCUUGGAACCACUGCCCCAACCGCUACCACGACUGCAUCAACUUUCGGAGGCCUUAGUGGUGGAUUGUUUGCACAGAAACAACCCACUGGAUUCUCAUUUGGACCCACCUCGACAGGGGCUACAACAGCAGCAACGACAGGACUAUCUUUGGUAGCACCCACAACUACAACUGGUUUUGGUUUGGGAUUCACUAAACCAGCGAGCUCUGUAACCCCUUUCACAAUGCCCGUGGCACCUACUGCAGCAGGGGGACUGUGCCUGUCAUCUGUACUCCCAACAUCUACAGCAGGAUCUACUGGAUUUGCAUUGAAUUUAGGUGGAAUCCCUGCAUCCGCGGCAUCCAUACCCACAGGUCUGACUUUGGGAGGGGCUCUGACAGGCUUAGGUGGCACCCUCUUUCAGGGUACAAAUGCCUCGACUUUGGCACUUGGACAAUCGCUGGGUUUAAAUCUUGGUGUAUCUCCAGCUGCUGCAACCAUUACAGCUAGUGAAGGACUUGGUGGAAUAGACUUCAGUGGAUCUUCUGAUAAGAAAAAUGAUAAAUGUUCAACUGGAGUUAGACCUGAUGAAAGCAAAGCGCUGAAGGAUGAAAAUCUGCCCCCUGUUAUCUGUCAGGAUGUGGAAAACUUUCAGAAAUUUGUAAAAGAACAAAAACAGGUACAAGAAGAGAUCAGUCGAAUGUCUUUUAAAGCCAUGCUGAAAGUACAAGAAGACAUCAAGGCACUGAAACAACUGCUGGCAGUGGUUGCAAGUGGACUACAGAGGGAUUCACUUGCCAUUGACAAACUUAAGAUAGAAUCCGCACAGGAGCUUAAGAAUGCUGAAAUAGCAUUAAGAACACAAAAGAUACCACCAGGUCUUCAACAUGAAAACACCGCACCAGCAGACUAUUUCAGGCAGCUGGUGGAACAAUUUGAGGUUCAGUUACAGCAGUAUCGACAGCAGAUAGAGGAACUGGAAAAUCACCUUGCUACGCAGGCUAACAGCUCUCACAUGACUCCACAAGAUCUGUCUCUUGCAAUGCAGAAAGUAUACCAGACAUUUGUAGCUCUGGCUGCUCAACUUCAAUCAAUACAUGAAAGUGCAAAGAUUCUAAGAGAGCAGUAUCUUGGCUACCGUAAGACAUACUAUGGUGAUGCCACUGAUGUCUUUGAAGCGAGGCGCGUUGAAACUAAGAAGUGGCAAAAUACUCCACGUGUCACAACUGGGCCAACUCCCUUCAGCAUACCAAAUGCAGCAGCAGUUGCCAUGGCUGCAACAUUAACACAGCAGCAACAGCCUGCUACAGGAUCACAGCCAGCUUUGGGAGUUAACUUUGGAGUACCGUUCGCCUCAGGUAUUGGCACUGGCUUGCAGUCAACUGGCUUAGGUUCUACAACACUUGGAGGAUUUGGAAAUACUUCUGCCUUUGGAAGUAAUACUUCAGGCAACGCCUCAUUUGGAUUUGGAUCAGCCACUAAACCCUCAGGAAGCCUCAGUGCAGGUUUUGGCAGCUCAACUACAACUGGAUUUAACUUCAAUAACCCUGGGAUCACAGCGUCUGCUGGUCUGACCUUUGGUGUGUCCAAUCCUUCAACAUCAGGUCUUAGCAGCAAUCUUGUAGGGGGACAGCUCCUACAACUGAAGAAACCACCAGCCGGCAACAAGCGGGGCAAAAGAUAGAGAAUUAUUAUUUUGGGCAGGGCCACAUAUUUCUUAAAUUAGGCAUGACUCAUGGUUCUGUGUCCCAAAUAUGUUUUUUAACAGUUGUAGAUAGAAAUCUACCACCAAAUAGAAUGUUUAUAUUUGACCAGGCGAGCUUUAAUCAGAAAUUCCUCAUUUUCCAGAAGGAGUCUGAUAUCAAUGAGUUUUCACAGUGAAGAUUAUAUUUUUGAAAGUAACGCAAGAUGGAUUGUGUACCUAGCUAAUUUCAUAUAUACAAAGCUUAAACGAGGAGUGUAUCAGGUGUUUUCUAUGUUAGUAAUUGGUCACAUACCUAUUGAAGAUCAGCUGCUAUGUAAGUGAAUUUGAACCAUGAGCUUUGCAGACGACUGCCUCACUGAGAAAUGGAAAUUAUUUGUGUUAAGUCGGUAACAUGCGUGUUUUAAAUAUGGAAAUUCACAGCGAUCAUAGCCUUUAAACAUUGCACUUUUUAUACAGUAGGUACUGCCCAAUAUGUGUCUUUGUAGUAAGAGAGUUAGGCAGUCAUACCUUUGCGUUGUGAAGGUAUCAUGGUUGAGAGAUUUGGUGGUGGUGACUUUCCUUUAAUAUAUAGUUAAUGUCUAUUUUUGUAAGGUUGGAGGAAACUCCGCUCUGAUGCCUUUAUUGGUGAGGGAGGAAGUGAGAGAUGUUGAGUUGGAUGGGAUUGUUAGCAAAUGUCACUGUUGUCCUCAAUCUCACCGUGUUUUUGUGCAUGAGACGCUGCUGUGUGCAGGCUUCAUUUGGAAUUUACUUACAAUAAUUUUUCAAGGCCAGAUUUGUUUUCUGAAUUGUUUUCUUCGUGACCACCAAGUUAUUUACGUCUGUUUGUUUCAAAACAAGUGAAAUGGAAACGUAUAUAACAAAUGUAUUUGAACUUUGUUGUGAAGUCUUGAAUUAGAAGAAAAUGCAAUUGUAUUUGGAGAAAAUUGUUAAUUUUGUUAAAAUAAAGCAACUUCCACAA